AUGCUCAGUACAAAAGUUAGCAGAGCCUUUGUUGGCCGUAUGCUGAAACUGGCAAGGAACAACAGCUCCUCCACGUCAGCACUGGCCUAUAAGAAUUUGCAUAGAAAUAAAAAGAGACCGCAUUUGCCUACUAUUGAUGCUCCAAACUGGUCGGCAGGUGCAGCCGUCUCCUCUAUUAUCUAUGAGACCCCACUUCCAUCCAAGGCUCCAAAAAACCAACAUGUGUUGAAUUGUCUGGUUCAAAACGAACCAGGAGUGCUGUCAUUGGUCUCGGGGACACUUGCUGCCAGAGGAUUCAACAUUGACUCACUAGUUGUUUGCAACACUGAGGUCAAGGAUCUGAGUCGUAUGACUAUCGUCUUGGAUGGUCAAGAUGCCGUGAUUGAGCAAGCAAGACGCCAAAUUGAGGACUUGGUGCCUGUAUACGCCGUGUUAGACUAUUCUAACACAGAGAUCAUCAAGAGAGAGCUUCUGUUAGCAAGAAUCUCGCUUCUUGGCUCUGAGUACUUCCAAGAGCUUAUUGCCCACCACAAUGAGCAAGCAGGUGAGAUCCCUGAAGAUUUACAAAAGUCUCAGUUCCACCCUAAUAACUUGCCUCCUUCUCAAGCAUUGAGACAAAAGUACGAGCAUCUUGAUGCUAUUACUACUUUGACCAAACAGUUUGGUGGAAAGGUUGUUGAUGUGUCGGACAGAAAUUGCGUGGUUGAACUAUGUGCUAAGCCAAGCAGAGUGAGUGCUUAUAUCGCCCUGGUGCAGCCAUUUGGUAUUCUUGAGAUUGCCAGAUCGGGGAUGAUGGCUCUUCCAAGAACACCAUUAGAGGCAUUCUCCUCAGAGAAUGGCACCGAUCCAAGCAAAGAUGCGUCCGACGUUGUUGACGCUUCUCAGCUGCCUCCAGGUUGA